AUGGCCUCCACCUUCAGCUCCCGUCCUGCUGCCUAUCAUGUUCCUAUCGCAUCGAACAAUGCUCCUCCUGGCACUUUCAUACCAGGUACGAAGGUCCAGGUGGGAAAUCAUCGGGUCGUCAUAGAAAAAUACCUAUCUGAGGGUGGCUUCGCGCAUGUUUACGUUGUGCGAAUCCCCCGAUCUGGGGACAAGUACGAGACCGCUGUCCUCAAGAGAGUGGCAGUACCUGAUAAGGACGCAUUGGCAAACAUGAGGACAGAGGUGGAGACCAUGAAGAAACUGAAGGGGCAUAAGCAUAUUGUCACUUAUAUGGAUUCGCACGCUUCGCAGCUUCAAGGAGGUGGCUACGAGGUAUUCCUGCUUAUGGAGUACUGUCAAGGCGGUGGGUUGAUUGAUUUCAUGAAUACCAGAUUACAACAUCGAUUGACAGAGCCGGAAAUCCUCAAGAUAUUCUCGGAUGUCUCGGAGGGAGUGGCUUCAAUGCACUAUCUCAAACCGCCUCUUCUACACCGCGAUUUGAAGGUAGAGAAUGUCCUUAUAUCGACAUCUGGCUCCUCAAGACUAUACAAGGUCGCGGACUUUGGCUCAACUGCGCCCCCUAGACCUGCUGCCACAACCGCACAGGAAGGAAGACUGAUUGAGGAAGACAUCCAGAGGCACACCACACUUCAGUAUCGCAGUCCGGAAAUGAUUGACGUAUAUCGGAAGCAGCCAAUUGAUGAGAAGAGUGACAUAUGGGCCUUGGGAGUCUUGCUCUAUAAGCUUUGCUACUAUACUACACCGUUUGAAGAUCAAGGCCAAAUGGCGAUACUUAACGCGAGCUUCAAGUACCCACAAUACCCUUCUUUUUCGGACCGCAUUAAGCGAUUGAUUGGCUCUAUGCUCAAAGAAAGCCCGAAAGCGCGCCCGAACAUAUACCAGGUUGUCGCUGAAAUCUGCUCCAUGCGCAACACCUCGAUACCCAUAAAAGAUAUAUAUGCACAACGGACUCAGCCCGAGGGACAGCGCUAUCAAGAACUCCCUUCCCCCGAGAUAGUGUCGUCUCCGCCAGUCAUCGGAAUACAAAAGGCUGCCCCUGUACAAGAAAAGCAGGCUAUACCUGACGUGGUACCCAUGAGAAGAGGCAGGCCAACAGGUCCCAAUCAAAACUUGUCGGCAGCUAAACCAAGUGCGCCCAACAGGGUUGCAGGUGAUCCUUUCGCUGCGCUCGACUCAACAUCAGUGUCAGAGCGAUCGGCAGCGGCAGAUGAACUCGCAGCAAAAUUUCCUUCUCUGGAUGAGUUCUCUAUUCUGCAUGACAAAGGGACGAAGUUCCAAUUCUCUGGGGCGUCGUCACCCAAAGAGGCACCACCUGAGAGUCUCAAUCGACGUGUUACGGCAGCACUGGCUGAUGAAGUUUUCGCAAAACCUACUCCCCCGCCAAAAGAGAAACUGCCGCCACUGAAGCCUCAGCCGUCCUCAGUAGCUGCACCUGCAACCAAGAAACCAGUGCCCGCGGAGAGGCCAGAGUUCCGUCCUCCACUCAUCAGCCGGCAGACGUCACCACAACGGGCGAGAAUGGUAUCGACAGGCACAGGAGCAUCUCCACCAGCAUCACCCAAAGUUCGUCCAGCCAGAUUACCUGAGAUCAACGCGAGACCUAUCUGGCGAGUGCCUACAGAUGUACAUGGUCGAAAUGCUAGUCAGCCAAGGCCCGAAGAAGUCUCGGGGCGGACUGCACCGACACUGCAUCCAGAGCACGCUCUACCGCCUCGACCUUCGAUGACUGACGCACAGCGGAGCAAAUCUCAGAUGGGCUCUACUCUACAGAUACCAAAAAGUCCUGCCUCAUCUCGGCCAUCUCUAGAGAGCUCAAGGCCGUCCGCACUUGACAUAAAUGACCCCGUAGCCCGCUCCAAGUCGACUGCCGGAAUCCGGCAACGUCCAACCAGCCUCCACUUUGAAUCAAGCAUCGACUACCUUCGCGUCCGCGAGAAUCGUCCAACCGACUCCUCACGCGGUCCUGUCACACCAGAUGCGGAUGCGGAACCUGAAGACAAGAACAUCCGCUCCAGCGUCGACUACCUCCGCGCCAUCGAAGACAAAGACCCUUCGAAGCGCUCCAAGCGGUCCUCGUUCGGCCACUCCAAGCGCGCAAGCAUGACAUCUCUCUCCCUGUCCAACACCAAAUCAAUGCUAGCAGGGAAAUUUGGCGACGCGUUCCGUCGCUUCGAAGCGCCUUCCUCUCACGAUCAACCCCUUCGUACACCCAGCCCAUCCUUCGACACCGACAGGAUGGACCGUCUUGAUGAUCCCCAUAGCGUACCCACACGCACUGGAUCUCUUUAUCCCAUCGCCGGCUCCGUCGCCACCGAUGACACAGCGUCCGAUCUCCUUGACGAAACCCAAGAGCUCUCACCCGACGUCAAGCGCGAACUCGAGCGUCGCGCCCUCGACGCAGAAGAGAAACGUGUCGAGGAAGCCGCUCGCGCGUAUCAGGCGCGUGUGGCCAAGGGCGAGGUUACGCAGGGCUUGGCAAGGGCGAGUACGAUUCAGUCGCGCGUGCGCACACUGCUAGACGAGAGUCGCAAGGAAGAGCCCGUCAAAAGGACGGCGGAGGGCUAUGGCAAGUACACACGCGAGAGCGAGACAGGCAAGGACGGCGAGAGGCCGACUGUACCAGGCAAGAAGAGCAACAUGGUGUCGAACAUGGCCGCGCCAGCACCGCCGUCCUCGGCACCGCCUAUCAUCUCGACAUCAUCCUCCACAUCUGGACCCGCCACGCAACGGACCGGACCCACGGCGCCCCCCAAGCCCAAGAAACUCCAGACAGGCGGCACCAACACCACCACCACCACUACAGGCGGACCAUCAUCCUUUCCCUCCCCCGUCAAACCAUCAUCAUCAUCUCUAGCGAAUAAACGAGCAGUAGCCCCUCAACACGGCCUCGGCAUCCAAGAUCCUGUCACCAGCAAUAACCCGACUGAGAACAUGUCUGCUGCCGAUGCAGAGGCAUGGGAGGAGAACUUCACGAGGCGCUACCCGAGUCUGAGUGGCUUCGAGCUUGUCGAGGCGGAGAUUCCGGUGCGGACGACGUCGACGUCGACUGCAGCGGCGCCCGCUACUAGCACUGCCGCGGGAAGGGUGCGGGAUGUAUAGAGAUGCGUGCGUGCUUGAUUUGCCUGAUGAUGUAUAGAGAUGGAUGUGUGUUUUCUGGACGUGCACACGGGUGUUGGUGCGGAGAGUAGUUGUAGCCAUGCCAUGCCAUAUAUAUAGACAAGACAUACAAAACGGACAGCAAUUCACGCCACACCACAUCACGUGUUUUGCGCCACUACAAUACAGAAACAAAAAUACGGUUUGUUUGAUGUGAUUGAAGGGAUGUACGCUAAACCUCUCUCUCUCUCUCUCUAUGUAAAUAUAUAUAUACAACCACCACGCACACCGUCCCUCCACUCCAACUCACAAUCGCACGCCCCCAUUG